GUUACUGUGGGGUAACGGCCCAACAGACGACCCCGGGCUAAGGGGUGGGAAAGCAAACGGGCAGGGAGCUGCGACACCAUGGAGGGUAGCGGAGGAAGCGGUAACAAAACCACAGGGGGAUUGGCCGGCUUUUUUGGAGCCGGCGGAGCAGGUUACUCGCACGCGGAUUUGGCCGGCGUACCAGUAACUGGUAUGAACCCUCUGUCUCCUUAUUUAAAUGUGGAUCCUCGAUAUCUUGUGCAGGAUACAGAUGAAUUUAUUUUACCAACUGGAGCUAAUAAAACCCGGGGCAGAUUUGAACUAGCCUUCUUUACCAUAGGAGGAUGUUGCAUGACAGGGGCUGCAUUUGGGGCUAUGAAUGGCCUACGACUGGGAUUGAAGGAAACCCAGAACAUGGCCUGGUCCAAACCAAGAAAUGUACAGAUUUUGAAUAUGGUGACCAGGCAAGGGGCACUUUGGGCUAAUACUCUAGGUUCUCUGGCUUUGCUCUAUAGUGCUUUUGGUGUGGUCAUUGAGAAAACGCGAGGUGCAGAAGAUGACCUUAAUACAAUAGCAGCCGGAACCAUGACAGGCAUGUUGUAUAAAUGCACAGGUGGUCUUCGGGGGGUUCUACGAGGUGGUCUAGCAGGACUAACAGUUACCAGCCUCUAUGCACUAUAUAAUAACUGGGAGCACAUGAAAGGCUCCUUGAUUCAGCAGUCCCUCUGAAGAUUUUGCCAACUUGUGAAUGGAGGACACUU